AUGAAUCUCACAUACAACAAAGCCCCUAAAACCGUUACAAACAACAAAGCCCCUAAAACCGUUACAGAUGCACUAAUAGACAAGGUUUGCCAGAAAACAGAAUACCCUCCCAUUUGCAGGCAAAUCCUGGUAAAAUUCAAAUACAGUCCUGUUGUUCCAACAACUCUAUCAAGCAUUAUAGUGCUUGCAAAAAACCAUGCUCAAAUCACGAAAGGCAAGAUUUCAAGCCUUCACAAAGGAAUCAAAGAAAACGUAUCCGAGCUGAGAUUGAGGUACCAUAAGUGUAUCAAGAAUUACGAGCAUGCUCUCACUCAACUAAACGCAGCUAGUGAAGGGUCAUUCAGAAUUAAACUAAACAUAGCAUCCAUCAAAAAACACAUUUUGACUGCCAUAUCCGAUGUUCAGUCUUGCACAACAGAGUUGGCUAAACAGAGGAACGAGAUUUCGGGCCUUACCAGUGAGAACCGCAGGUUCCAAAAUAUUGGCAGUGUCAUAUUGGGAAUAUGUGACGAAAUAUCAUAG